GUUGUUUCACUGCAUUGUGACAGUAAAUAAAUUUUCGGUGUUAAUUUUAACAGUAGACUCAAGAGUUUUAUCUUGAACGUUUGCUUGACUAACAACUACAUGCUAGUUUAGUUAUUACUACAGUGAAGCAUGUCUUAAUGUAGGUGACUUUGUUAUCUUAACGAUGUUAAACGCGGUUUUCAAAAACCUGAAUGCGCGUAGCAAUAACUAGUAUGAUGGGUUUGGCCGAAAAUGAUAGAAAAGGUUCGAACAAUUAUUAAAUUCAAGUGGAAAAGAGAUAAUAAAACAUAUAUGUAAGUUAGUAAUAUAAAAAUCUGAAAAAAUUAAUUGUCGGAUUCAAAAUUUUCAACAUUACUAAUGGCACUACAGCUAGAAACAUGAUAGUAAUAAUAUGGACUUUUCACAAAGAAUUACUGUAUUUACAUUAGUGACAUUUGUAAAUGUGUGACGACAGUAAUUAGAAUUAAGAAAUAUCAGAAUAAUGAUUGAUCUUAUAUGGUUCGCUUGAAAACAACAUAGUUUUUCAUAUUAGUAUGUUGUCAUAUAGGGCUGUUAAAUAUAUUUAAUAAAGAAAAUGGUUUUUUGAGUGGUUUACUUGAUAUAUAAGCCUGGUUUAAGUAAAAAAGGUAUGUUAGGCAUCAAAAAUAUGGUAAAUCAUCCAGUAAAAUAGGGAAGUUCACGUGCAUUAUUUUCGGGAUUAAGAUCACCCAAUAGAUUCAACAUAUAUAAGAACAGUUGGACAAGCAGUAAUGAUCCGAAGACAACCAUAUUAAACACAUAGUAUCACAACCAUCUCCUGGGUUUGGGUGGUGCUAUUGACUUUGUCACUUGGUUGAAUUAAUAAAAAUCCAAGAGCCUAACAGUAGGAUUCGCUAGCGAAAGUAGUAUUCAGAAUCGUUUGCGUUUACAUUUCUGAUCGCUUUGUUUAUUCUUGGCUAUUUUAACACCUUUGAAUUCGUAAACUGAAGACAUUCUGGAUCUCUUGUACACGAUAUUUCGGCACGCUUUCUUUACUCUGUCAAGUAUCCAUGGUCCCUUACAUAUCAUCCAAUUUACUGUGUCGUUACGGCUCCCAUUUGAGAAACAUUUUGCUGCUGUUAACAGUUAAGUAGGUAUCGAGUUGUAACAUCUAUUGUUGGUAAGUAACUUGCAUUAUGUCAAUAAGCUUACUAUUUCACGUGGUUUAUCAGGCACUAAUAAUAUUUUACACUUGCCUCACUUGGAAUAAUUAGACAUAAUAUCUACCCCACUUAAAUAUAUUUAUUACAUAUUUUUAGAAAAACAUUGAAUGCUGGAAGUAGUUGAGUUCUGUAUGCAAACUAGUAAUGCUCUGAACUGUUCAAUUAGUACGCUAUUAGUCACUCACGGACCUGUAUUGGAGUCGGAUAGAACUCUGUAAGAGCAGCCAAAGAUAGUGUAUCUUUAACUUGAAGCAGCUGCGGAAUAAUUUUCUAAGGAAUCAUUAUUGCAAACAAACAUCACAAACACCUCCAUUUCGAACUAUUUACCCGUUUCAGUUGUUCGCGUUUUUCAUUGGUUUUGUUUCCCAAACAUGUUUGUACUUUUUGGGUAUUGUUUGUUUGAAUCUUUCCAUCGAUGUUUAGGGCUGUGAUUGAUUGUCAUAUGUGUAUCCUGUGCGGAAUGCCUCGUUAUCGCUUUAAUUCACAAGCACUAUAGGCAAAUAUGGUUGGUGGCUAGCAGUGAAAUCCAAGACUUGCGUUUCGUCCUAAACAUCAAAGGGAAGAUACAAGCAAACAACAUCAAGUGAAUUUAAACUUCACCCCAUUGCACAAGCAAGUGGCUAUCAGGACUCACUAGCUGGGUGGAUAACACUAUGGCGUUGGAAACAAAUAGUACUGGGUUCGAGUCCUGCAGUGCAAGUACAUCCAGUCUCAGGUAGGAAGAAACGUGCGUCCUGGAUUUCACUGUCAGCCACCAACCAUCUUUGCUUACAGUCUGUUUAUAUUUCGACCCCAGAUCCCAAUGACUUAGUGACUCUUCAAAAUGAAACGGGAUCCAAGAAAACUGGACGAAUAAGUUGAUAAAUAUAAAGACGAAACAGGUGUUUGGAGAUUGACAACGUUUUUACGCGUAACAUAUUUGUAAUUUAGUGGUUGAAUUCAUAGGUCAUUUAAAGUCAGACCACCGUGGAAAAACUGGAAGCACUGGAUGUCAUUUCGUUACAGUAUGGGACCCUUGAGAAUUGCGCAUCCACGAUCUUUCCCGCGGUAUUCGAACUCAGGACCUAUCGAUCUCGCGCGCGAACGCUCAACUUGUAAACCAUUGAACCGUCAUCUGAAGGUGUUAAUGUUUGACUUCAAGCAAUCCAUGAAUUGAGCGACCGCUUACUGUUGUCUUAAGGGAGUAACUGCCUUUACAACACACACGGUCGGACCUCACUGGCCACGGCCUCUCACUAGAACUCCAGGAAAUAUCUCAUGAAGCCAGUCACUAGUGAGCAUAUGAUGAUUAUUAUGAGAAGAGGAUUUCUGUAGAUAGUAUUGUAAGUUAAUAGUUAUAAUUGAAGGAUGCCAAUUCAUUCAAAUCAGAAUUCGGAAAUGAAGCGGUGCGAACAUAUAUUUGGAAGGCCAUCGACAAAUCGUGAAGCCAUCAAUUUAAGCCGGCUAACUGUUGCAUGGGGUUCGUAGCACGGCAUACUCGCGAUCUGGUGAGGGUGCGUGACCGAGCAUCUUCAGACAGAUGUGUCCAUUAGGACUGACGAGGUCGGCUUCAAAUGUCGAAGACUUACAGAACUUUUUAUUUUGAGGGUUUAUCUACUGCUUCAAGUAAAUCGUGAUGUCUCAACGAUGAACAUUCACGUAUGAAUAAGAAGAUGAUUAUUCAACUUUCGUUAGCUAUUUGGUAUUUCUAACAGAAAAGAAAUAUUUUUUACAAAACAAUGGCAACUAAUAUUGCAUUAAGAAAGUGAAAAUACUGAACUGAAAGUGAAACUGUGUAUCCGGACAAUGUUACAUGGACUUUGGUUCUUCUGUAUCACAUUUUGCUUCAUAUUUGAACCCACUGCAUUUUCAUCAAUCUUCCUGGUCGUAAUUUUGCUUGCCUCAGGAAUUUUAAUAUUACAGAGAAAUCCUGCGAUAAGGUUUUUUCUUUUUAAUCUAGUUUCUAUAACUGAAUGCUUCUCUUCAUCUAGCAAUACAACUUAGAGUGAUUUCUUAGGGUUUUUACUAUUGUCUAGUGUGGCGUGGACUGGUCUUUAAGACGCAUUAUAAAAGGUUGGAUCGGUGCCGGAUAUGUGAAUUGAACCUGACUAGGUGCUAUAUCCAUCAGCUUUGGAACUUUCUGACAUUAAAAUAGAUUUUAUGUUUCACUCACUGCAACGAAAGGUAAUUGAUAUUGAUGAUUGGGAACUUCAAUAAUACGAAAAUGCAGUAGAGUCUUACAACUCAUUACGGACUCACUUCUACUUUUUACUUAUGAUUAGAUAUCUGGGGCUACCAAGAACUUGAUUGUUGUCUUGGGGUCAGAUGCACCUCGUUAUUAUUGUUCUUAUCGAUUUUUCUACUUAUUCCUACUUUACGGAACUUUUUACUGGUAGGUAAUGUGAGUGCUUUUAUUUUGAAUUGUUAUGGUACCCCUUACAAACCUUGAUAGACUAAACAACUUGAAAGCCACCUUGAAAAACGGGCUUCGGUCCCUACGGAGCAUUCGGAUUUUAAACGUAAUAGCCCUUGAAAUGUUCGGUUUUUUUGUACACUUUAAAUACAAGUGAAUCUAUGUAAAGCUUAUGAUCAGUACAGUCUAUGCUACCGUGAUCAAAGCUCACAGUAACUCCUUAAUCCAUUUACUCAUCAAUCCUAGAAUUUCAACAAACAUGAGCUUACUACAGCUACAAAAGUGACAUUUUUUGAUCAAUUGAAGUAGUCAGAAGACAAAGUAAUGUACAAAGUAUCUUUGAGAUACAACAGACAACUAGAGUGCUUUUCAAGUUUUGUCUUCCAAAACAACUCAAAAGACUAGUGAUAAUAUGUCGUAGAAUGUCCUAGAAUGAUAAACAGUCUCGCCAGCAAACAGGAACAUUUCACAGCCUAUGUGAUAUCCAAAAGUAGACAAGUUUGUCACGGCGAGUAUUUUAUGCCGAGACUACUAAAAUUGUACUUUAGUAGUCGCGAAUGAACUAGUAUUUAAUUCAGAGAGAAAAUGUUGUAUGCACUUGAAGGUACUGUAUAUUGUUAUUUAAAUAAACCACGUGACGAUUUACAAAUUACCUAUCAUCCUAAAAACACCACAGUAUAUAACUACAAAAGGUAAUAAACCAGUAUGUACUUCAGAUUCAUUAUACUUCAGGACUGCUUUCAAAGUAUCUCCAAAGUGUAACUCACAACUGUUACUCGAAGCAGAAGGACGAUACCAAACAAUUAACAUGGAGCGUAGUAUAAAGCAAGUUAAGUGUUUUAUUUGUAACUGUUUACAUCAUAGUCAGAUGUGUAAUCUAAACAGCUAUACAUAGCAGAAUUAACCUCACAGAGUCUCCCAAAUCAGUUAGGCUGCGAAAAGCUAUACUAAAUAUUUUCUAUCAAUUCCACUUCGUUUAUCUUUUAGUGGCCAGAGGAAGUGAGUUUUCGAUACACUGUUACAGACACUGACUAAAAGAAGAAAUGAGAUUAGACAGGACUUCGCGAUUCUAAAUAACUAAUAGACUUUGAAAUAAAGAGUUAGUUUACACGCAAAAUCAAAAGCGGUAGACUGCAAUUAUAUAAACGUUUGUCGAUUUAAACUCUCUCAUCUGUUUUAUACUUGUCAUUCAACUUUGAAUUUCACAAUAGAAAACGAGUAAAGAUUAUUUAUCUUGUUUAUAGAUAUAAUUUUACUGGGCGUAGUAGUGAAAUGUAAGGAAAGAAGCAAACUUACUCAGAAAUCCUUAGCUGAGCAUAUUUUAGAUUGUAGAGUAUUGUAAUAAAGACAUUACACUUUUAUUUAGGGUGUGACCUUAUUAUAAAACUGUAUGAAUAUGACUUUUGUUUCAUAAAGAUGUUUCAAGUCAUGUUUUUAUCGUGGUAUGUAGUUUGCAUUAUUCAAACAAGGAUUACAUCAAUUAAAGCUUCAUAUAAAUUUGGUUCAAGUCAAACCUCAGGACUAGUCACACCAAAAACACCAUCAACUACAGGAUCAACAACAACAACUACAACAACAACAACAACAACGACAACAGAAACAACAACAGAAACAUCAGCUGCUUAUUCAACAUCUGCCUGGGAUACGAAAACACGUUGGCAAAGAUUUCGGAUAUGGUUACAACUCGUAUUGGAAUUUCUAUGUUGUUUGUUGGAUAUUGAAUAUCGUAACAACCGUAUAAACUGA